UCUGAAGGAGAACAUUUUUCGCAAUUUUGCAAUGCCGACUCCCCAUGGAUAUCGGAAGGCUUUGCGAAUGAUGAAGUAUGCUGAUCAUCAUGGUCUUCCUAUCGUAACAUUUGUUGACACUCCGGGGGCAUAUGCUGAUCUUAAAUCGGAGGAACUUGGUCAAGGGGAAGCAAUUGCCAACAACCUGAGGACCAUGUUUGGCCUUAAAGUGCCAAUUGUAACAGUUGUCAUUGGUGAAGGUGGUUCUGGUGGGGCUUUGGCCAUUGCUUGUCCCAAUAAAUUGUUUAUGCUCGAGAACUCUGUUCUAUACGUUGCAAGCCCUGAAGCAUGUGCUGCUAUACUAUGGAAAUCUUCCCAAGCAGCUCCUAAGGCGGCUGAAAAACUGAGGAUAACAGCUCAAGAACAUUACAAGCGCAAAAUUGCCGAUGGUAUCAUCCCCGAGCCUCUUGGAGGCGCACAUGCUGAUCCUGUAUGGACUUCCCAACAAAUUAGACUUGCAAUCACUCAGGCCAUGGAUGAACUAACAAAAAUGGAUAUGGAAGAGUUGCUUCGUCAUCGUAUGCUUAAAUUUCGAUCAAUUGGAGGUUUCCAAGAAGGCAAGCCCGUGGAACCUGAAAGAAAACGAAACAUGAAGCCUUCGGAUGCUAGCAGGUUAAAUGCUGCAGAUAUAGAAUCCGAUCUUGAGAAGUUAAAGAAGAAUAUCUUGGAGGCUAAGGUACCUUCCGAUCCUAUCACGGACCAAGCAAUAGAAAAACUUAAGCAGGAUGUUGACAAUGAGGUCACGAGAGCAUUUAUUUCAAUGGGAUUGCAAGAGAAGCUUGAAUCACUUAAGUUGGAGUUAUCCCGAGCCUCUGAUAAUCAGACCCUUAAUCGUAAUUUGAAGGUGAAGGUGGAUAAACUUAUGCAAAAAUUUAAGCAAAAUUUGUCAAGACCAGGGGCCUAUCUUGGUUUAAAACAAAAGCUUGAAAAGCUAAGCAUGGUUAGCAGACUCAUUGAGCAGAAAGAGAAAGGUGAGAAACUGAAAGCCGAGAUUAAUCAGAAGAUUCCAUCUGAGAUCAAAGAAAAGUUGGAACAAUUGGAAACUGCUCAGGCGAACUUAUCCAAAGGGGAUCCACUCGAUGAAGAUUUGGUGGCCGAGGCAGUAAAAGCUAAGAAAGAACUGAUUGAAGUUUUGAAGUCAGCAAACUUGGAAAUUGUUGGAGUGGCAAAGAGAAAAGCCGCUGCGGAACUACAAGAGAAGAUCGUAAACGUGAAGAAAGAGAUUGAUGGAGAGAUUGAAAGGGUAAUCGAUGUAGCCGGUCUUCAUGGAAAAAUCGAAGAAUUGAAAGCGGAGAUGGUGAUAGACUCCAGUUCACCAAAGGUAGAAAAAUUACAAGCAGAGAUCAAGGAGGAGAUUCGUACCGCCUUGGAUGACACAGCAUUGAAACAGAAGGUUGAGAAUCUAAGAAGAGAAUUUGCAACAUCCUCAGAAGAAGUUAUCGACGAGAAAUUUAUCGACGAUAAAGUUAUCGCUGAAAAUGGAAGACGGUGAAAAACACAACAUCUUACAUAUUAUAGAGUAAGGGUGUGAUUUCAUGUUGCAGAUCAGGAUAUAUACAAUGAGUAUUUUUUUUACAUUAAAAAUGCUAUCCUUUGGCAUAUGGUAUUGUCUUAUUUUUUUGUUUUUAUUUGUUGUCUUAUUUUUUGUUUUUAUUUUAUGUUAAUUGAAUAGUUUUGUAUGUUGAAGAACUUAAACUAUGAUGCAAUGCAACGAGUAAAAAUGUUAACCCUUUUUAAGGGUAUUUUCACUUUGA